AUGGAAUGUGACAUUGAAUUUGAUCAAAUUAUUUCCACUGCUCUGUCCCUUGAAAAUGAUUAUCCAGAGUUGUCCCCUCCCCUGAGGGACCAAGACAAAGGUUUUCAAGUUUUUCCUGAUCUUUGUCCAACUAAAGAAAUUCAGAUUCCUCUCCAUGACAUGAUAAGAUUGUUUCCUGAAGAGGAGCAGGUGAUAUGUAAGAAACCAAGGAUUGAGCUUGAUAAGACUAUGAAGUUACCCACAACCUACAAUGGUAGUAAGAGAACAAAUUUCAGUAAGGAACAGAUCCUCUUCCUUAUUAGUCAGUUUGAACUCAACCCUUAUCCAGAUUUUGUGACCAGAUGUGGUAUUGCCAGAUUAACCAGCGUUCCUGAAUCUAGAAUUCAGGUCUGGUUCCAGAACAGAAGGGCAAGACAUCCACACGGACCUCUUAGAGCGAAGCCACUCAUAUAUACAUCCAUUGAAUAA